AUGUUCGAAAAUAAUUUGGUUAAUGAAAUUUAUUACUUGUCAUCUGAAUUGCAUGGUCAUACAAAAUCUAUCCGAUGUAUUUGCAUAUUGAAAGAUGAUCGUAUAGUAACUGGUGGCCAAGACAACAAAAUUAUCAUUUGGAGAAAAAGGACUAUUACUGGAGAUGAUAACUUAAGUACUGAAUGGGUUGUAGAUAUGUCACUAAUGUAUCAUAAGAGAUAUACUUUAACUCUUGAAGCUUCAUCUAUUGGAGUUGGAAAUAGUGAAGAAGCCAUGUCAUUUUACUCUUCAGGUUUAGAUCAGAUCAUACAUAGGGUUUCAGCAGAUGAUGGCUCUAUAAUACUUACAUUUGAGGGUCACACAUCUGCAGUGUGCAGUCUAUCAGAAAUACCAUCUGCACAACUAUUGGUAUCAGGUAGUUGGGAUGGGACCGCAAGAGUAUGGAAUAUUUUGACCGGAAUAUGUAUAUUCGUGUUAAAUGGUCAUUCGCAUGCUGUGACUACAGCAGUGACACCCAUUUUAUUUGACAAUGUUGUUUAUAUAAUAACUGGAAGUCAAGAUAAGAAACUACGCGUAUGGAAUUCAAGCUCUGGUCAAUGCAUUUAUAAUUAUGACGAUGCUCAUGAUGACAUUAUACGUUCAAUAGAGCUGCUAGUUAAUUGCGAAAGUUAUGAAAAGUCAUGUUUCAGAGUCCUUUCUGCUUCAAAUGACACAAAAAUAAAGAUAUGGGAUAUCAACUUCUUUAGUUCGUUAUCUGUAGAACUCAAACACUUGGCAACUCUCUCAGCUCAUACAUCCUUUGUUUUUAGUGUAUGCACUUCUAAGAAACAUCCAAAUAGAUUUUUUACUGCUUCAGAUGACUGUACAAUAGUUAUUUGGGAUUAUAAUUCUCUUAAUAAGAUUUUACCAGUUCAGUCAAUUCCUAUGUCUGCUACUGUUUGGCAAGUAGUGGAAAUGCACAUGGAAGAUACCAUUUUAUCUGUAUCUGAAGAUUCGGUAUGUAGAAUGUGGACAACAGAUAUUAACAAAGCUCUGCCAUUAGAAAUACGUGAGAGGCAAAGGAAAGAAGCAAAUAACUUAAAAAUAGGAACUACUAGUCAACAGUUAGGUUUAAAUGAUAUUGAAUCACUAGGUGAUUUACCACAUGUAAAUAUGUUACAAGCUUAUAAAGGAAAGAGAUUAGGUGAAACAAAGCUGUUUAGAGAUGGAGAUUUAAUAGUUUCUUAUAUAUGGCAGGGAGAGAGUUGGGAGAAGAUUGGUGAAGUUAUAGGAGUUGACAAACAGAAUUAUUAUGAUGGUGAUUUUUAUUUCCCUAAAGGGAAUUAUGACUAUUUAUUUGAUGUAGAGCUACAUGGAAGUGGAAUUUUUAAGAAAUUACCUUAUAAUAAUGGUGACAAUAUAUUAGAGAUUGCUCAAAAGUUUUGUGCUAGGGAGAAAAUAAGUAUUACCCACUGUGAGGCAAUAUGUAAAUUUAUAAAGCAGAAUACAAAACAAAUGGAGAUAGUACAGAUAAGAGAUAACGAACAAAUUGGAGGUAAUUUAGACUCUAAUAUACAAAAAUAUACCCCAAUGUUGAAUUAUAUUGUAUUUAAAUCAGCAAAUAUAGAUGGCUUGGUAGAGAAACUACUACGUGAAGCUCCAAGAGCAGCUAUAAGAAAUAGCACACCAAUGGACUCUUCUACAGAAAUUGGACUUUAUGACGUUGAAGAAAAGUACUUAGAAGAAGCUUUGCGAAAAAUAAGGGAGGAUUUAAAAAAUAAUAAUUUUUCUUUUAAGAAUUCUUUUAGAGCAGUUGAAAUUGAUAUUAUCUAUAGAAAGAUGUCAUACUGGACUACAAACCCCGAAAUAUGUGUACCUGUUUUGGAUCUGUGGAGAAUUCUUGCUCUAUAUCCACAAAGUAGUGAUAUUCAUAAGAGGAGUGACAAAGGAUGGUGGUUAAUAGCCUGUGCCUUAAAGUUAAUUUCAUCAGUAGCCCAAAAUGUUAAUACAAAAGAGAUUUCUACUUAUCCAAGUUAUUAUGGUCCACUUAUACAGGUUUGUCUGAAAUACUUAUGUAAUACAUUUUUCAAUAAUACAAAUAGGCAAGUAUUACUCCAACAUUGCGAGGAUGUUCUUUCAUCUAUCAGCUAUUCAGUCGAUCUCAUUAUUAAGAAGUCCUUUCACAUUUCUAGAAACCAGUCAAUCAACUUCAAUGUCAUAAGCUCACUUUUAAGUUUAUUACUAAAUUAUUCUAUUGGAUUUUUUGAGUAUAAUAACUCAAAAGGUAAAGAAUUUUGCAUCAAGAUUAUCUUAAAGCUAAUACCACUAUAUUUAGAGGAGACAUCAGAAUAUACGCGAGUACCUAAUGAAUUAUUGACUACUACAUUGAUUACUAUUGGAAAUAUUUGUAGUGAUUCAUCCCCAAAUGCUAUAUGUAAAAAGAUGUUAGUAGAAAAUGGGUUUCUAGUUAAAUUACUGGGUCAAUCAGAUAUGAAGGGCCAACCUUUAGCGUUAGUAAAGAUGGUAAGCAGAUUAUUAGAACUAUAG